AUGGCCACGGUGCGGGAGAAGGCGGUAGCCUUGAGCCUGAGCGCUGUCUGCAGCCCUGUCGCCAGGCCGCCGGGCUUCAGCUUGGCACAGAAGCCAUUUGGAGCAACUUAUGUCUGGAGCAGCAUUAUCAAUGCACUUCAAACUCAAGUGGAGGUGAAAAAGCGUCGCCAGCACCUGAAGUGCCAUCAUGACUGUUUUAUUGGUUCAGAUGCAGUGGAUGUUGUCUUUGCCCAUCUUCUGCAGAACAAGUAUUUUGGAGAGGUUGACAUUUCCCGUGCUAAAAUAGUGCGUGUGUGUCAAGCACUGAUGGACUACAAAGUGUUUGAGGCUGUUUCAACCAGGGUCUUUGGGAAAGACAAGCGCUCUGUAUUUGAGGACAGCAGCAGUAGCCUCUACAGAUUCACAAAUGUCUCAAACCAGCCAGAACUGGAUAAAGAUUACCGGCAGUGUACACCACAAAGACAUGAGAGGAGCACGUUGUUUCACUCUACUCCUGUCAAACCAGAAAGCUUGGAGGAUCUCUGGGAAAACCUGAGUUUAAAACCUGCAAAUAGCCCUCAAGUGAACAUCUCAGAUAGUUUGUCCCGUCGAGUUAUUAAUGAAGUAUGGCAAGAACAAACAAUUGCUCGUCUGCUGCAGCUUGUGGACCUUCCACUCCUUGAGUCUCUGCUUGAGCAUCAAGAGAUCAGACCUCAGCUACCACAACCAAGGAAAGGACCUGGAUAUGUCAUCACAAGUAAUUACCUAGACAGAGAGAUUCUCAAGGCUUUCAGUGACUCACAAACAGACGAAUGGCUCUCAGCAGCAAUAGAUUGCUUGGAAUAUCUUCCAGAUCAUAUGGUGGUAGAUAUUAGCAGGAACUUGCCUGAUCAACCAGAGGAAGCAGACACAUGGAAACUACUGCUGUUUGAAAAUAUUGGUAGAUACUAUGGCCAAAAAAAGGAGCCACUGUUAAGCCAUGCAUCUGAAAUUCAUUUAGGAAUUGCAGAACUACUAGUGAAUGGGAAGAUGGAGCAAUCUUUAGAAGCUGUUCAACUGUAUUUGAAACUUCUGGACAGCCAAGUCAGGGAGGAGUUCAGAAGACUGCUGUACUUCAUGGCUGUUGCAGCACAUCAUUCUGAGCUCAAACUACAGAAGGAGAGUGACAACAGGAUGGUUGUGAAGAGAACAUUUUCUAAAGCUGUUAUCAACAACAAAGCCUUAUCCAGAGGGAAGACUGAUCUCCUGAUUUUGUUCCUUGUGGAUCACCAAAGAGAUGUGUUAAAGAUUCCAGGGACACUGCAUAAAAUGGUCAGCAAUAAGCUGGUGGCUUUGCAGAAAGGUCAAGAUCCUAGUAACAUAACAGGCUACACUUUUUGCCAAAAACUUGAUGAAAGGGAGUAUCGCUCCAAUACAGAGAAGACUACAAAAGAUGAGCUAUUAUCUCUAUUGAAAACUAUUGAUGAGGAUUCAAAGCUCUCUGACAAAGAGAGAAAGAAACUGCUGGGUCAGUUUCUCAGUACUAAUCCAAGUAUUUUUAUGCAAUAUUUUGGAGACAGAGCUACUCAAAUGUGUGUGUGA